UGGUUAGGAGUGAAUCAGACCAUCCUGCAGAGUAUGGCUCCUCCCUGGAUGGACCUGCUAUAAAAAGGGCAUUAUUCCAGCCUUCAGCACCCAGCAAGCUCCUUCAGGUGCUACGUUCUACUUGCUCUUCUGGUGAAGGACGUUCACAUAUACUUCCCAAAAGAUGUCUACUCUUCUGGAAAACAUCACUGCCAUCAUCAAUCUAUUCCACCAUUAUUCAAACACAGAUAAGGAGACUGACACACUGAGCAAAAAAGAGCUGAAGGAACUUCUGGAAGUGGAGUUUCAGCCAAUCCUGCAGGAUCCGGAUGACCCAGAUAUUGCUGAUGUCUUUAUGAAUAACCUUGAUAUAGAUCACAACAUGAAAAUAGAUUUUCCAGAAUUUUUUCUGAUGGUAUUCAAGUUGGCUGAAGCAUAUUAUGAGUCUACCAGAAGACAAAAUUUCCAAGCAUCAGGGAAAAAGCACAAAAAGCACAGAUAUAACAAGAAUGAAGAUAAUGAAAAUGAAGAUGUAGAAGGUAAACAAGAAGAGACAGAAGAGAAAAGAAAGAGAAAAUCCAGUAAUACACCAAGUGAUGAAAAAGGGGACACAGUGAGCUCAAAGAGCCAAAGAGGGAAAAAUAGGCAUAGGUCGAGAUCGGGAACAAAACGAGAGAAAGAUGAUAACUCAAAUUCUAUAGAUGAAGACGAAAGGACAGAAAAACAUUCUGGGUCAAGUGGGAAAAAUAAAAAGAGGUCAAGAUCUACAGAGGUAACAACAAGACACAACAAGUCAAGAAUCAGGGGGAAUGAAGAAAAAGAACUAGCAUUGGUUUAUGAUGAUACAAAACAAAAAGGUGCAAAAUGGAGACAGUCAGGAUAUAACAACUCAUACAAUGGAGGUAAAACAUACGUAUUUUCCGAUAUUACUAAUCAAUUAGAUGAAACUGAAGAAACAGCAACCUCAAGAGAAAAAAAUGAUUCCAGACACAAAAACACAGAUAACAAACACACUCAGUCAACAACAGAACAAGAAAAACGAUUCUCAGAAUACAGAAGGGGGAAAGAACACAACGCUAGUAUCAGUGAGGACAGGAAUAAUGUAAAACAUCCAAAAGAUUCAGGCAGAAUAUCCACAUUAACUCAACCAAGAACUGGGUUCAGGUCAAACAAUCAACACUGGUCGGACCAUGGCUGGUCAAAAGACAUCUCUAGGAACUCAGACUAUCAGCAACGGCACAGGGUUCUCUCUACAGAGAGAGAUUCUGUCCACGGAGAGUCCGCAUUCACCACUGGCCAAAGGCAGGGACGCCGCCAUGGGCAGCAAAGAGACAGCUCCAGACACUCAGGAACUGGACACAGACAAACCUCAACUCUGUCUGGUAGCGGUAGACCCAGGGAAUCCAGUGUUAGCCAGGCGAGUGACAGCGACGCCUCCUAUGAAGAUGCAGGCAGACCAACUGUGACCACCCAUGGAAGAUCUGGGUCCACUUCAAGGCACCAACAUGGGGCUUCCCAUGGCCAGGCAGGAGACAGCUCUGGGCACUCAGCGUCUCAUCAAGGGCAAAGAGGUGCACAGAGAGAGAGUGACUCUGUCCAUGGAGAGUCCGGAUUCAGCACUGGCCAAAGGCAGGGACGCCGCCAUGAGCAGCAAAGAGACAGCUCCAGACACUCAGGAACUGGACACAGACAAACCUCAACUGUGUCUGGUAGCGGUAGACACAGGGAAUCCAGUGUUAGCCAGGCGAGCGACAGCGACGCCUCCUAUGACGAAGCAGGGAGACGAAAUGUGACCACCCAUGGAAGAUCUGGGUCCAGUUCAAGGCACCAACAUGGGGCUUCCCAUGGCCAGGCAGGAGUCAGCUCUACCCAAUCAGACUCUCUGCAACAGUACAGUGCCGCCCCUACAGACAGGGAUUCUGUCCACGGAGAUUCUCGAAGCAGCUCUGGCCAGGGACAGGGGCACCGCCAUGAGCAGCAAAAAGAUGGCUCCAAACACUCAGGGACUGGAUAUGGACAAAGCUCUGCUGUGUUCAAUAGCCAUAGACACAGAUGUUCCACAGUUGGUAAUGUUACUGACAGUGCUGGUUAUUCUCAAACUGCUGGUAGACAGUUAAGGAUUACUUACAGAAAGUCUGGGUCCAGCUCAAGGAACCAAACACAUGAUACAGUUCAAGAUUGGCGACAUGGCAGCUAUGGAAGUGCAGAUUAUGACUAUGGACAGUCAAGGUUUGGAGAAUCUCAGUCUCAGUAUGGCAUGUAGGAUUCAGGGACAGAUCUCAAUCCUCAGAUGAAUUAUGAGCACCAAUAUAACAAGCAGUAAUAUACACCCAGGAACAUAUGGCCAUCCAAGUGAUCUUGUGAAACAGAUGGGAUUUCAUCCGUUCCAAAGAUCAUUUUAUUAUAAUUUAGAAAUUAAUUUUUAAGUAAUUAACCUAAAGAAUAGGAGAAUGACAAAGACACAACUUGAGUCAAGAAUAAUUUCAUUAUGUUUUCAGGGAGGUUAUCAUCUCUUAUGAUUUUAAGAAAGUUAGUUACACUAUUUCUUUCCAUUAGUGAUAGGUACUUUUUUUUUUCUCUAGGAAGCUUUGAACUUUAUAGUAAGGAAGUGGUGAAUGGAAGAAAGCAAUUCCAAUCAGUGCUAAAUUCAGAAAUCCAUGAGUAUUUGGGGAGAUUGAAGCUCAAGUAUGAACUUUUCUUUUGAACGGUAAAUUUUAGAACCCUGAAUGUUGUUACAUUAAUAUUUGCCAAAUAUUUCAAAGUAACCAAACGUGUAAAAUCACUAUUCUGUAAGCCAAAGCUGCUAUAUUAAUAUCAGGUCUCAGUACACCUGCCUCUAUUAUCUUUCUAUUGAAACUCUGUAUUUUUGCAUUCAUUAAUCACCUUAGGUAUAUAAAAUCAAAAAUAGUGUACUGCAUGAAAAUUGACAAUAAACUAUUGAUGAUAUAUCA